GAGCGCGCAAGCCGCGACGAUGACCACAAGUAGCGGUAAGAAUCAGCAGGAGACCAAGCCACAGCCUCCACCCGAGCCGAGUGACCCGAUACCUCCACCACCUCCGCCCAAAAUAUCGAGCCCCAGUCCGCCACCACCUCCACGUAUUUUUGCCGAGGAUCUCAAACAAGGAAAGAAACGCAAGAAUAGUCCCGAGCGUUCUGAACACGAAGAAGAUUCAAAAGAUCCCAAAAGGGGACUCGAGCCUCUACCACCUGGAGUUGAUUCUCCUGAGGUCGCGUACACAUUGCCAGCAUCAGCCCUUGAAGCUGGUGUGCUGUACGGAGCACAACAGACCAACCCGAUCUAUGCGGCUACUUUGGCUGGUGCCGCGGCUGCAGCCGGUAUACCUCUUUUACAGCAUCACCAUCAUCACCACCAUACUGCACUAAUGCAGGGUCAGCUGGUGCAUUAUAAUUCGGCUUAUCAUCAGCAUUUGCACAACCAAGCCUUGGUGGCAGCAAGAUUGACGGGACAGGAAGCAGUGCAGUUCAUGGUCGCAGCCGAGUAUGCUAGGGUGUAUGAAAACAACCAGGUGAUUGCCAAGCCACCGGUCAAGAUGACCCAAGAAUCAUCCAUGGGGUCAGCCCUCAAUUCUUUUUAUAGUGAUAUAGCAUCAAUCGAACAUACUGCUGAGACUGAAAGAGAAAGAAUUGAGGCUAUAGCCAAUGUACCCUCGCCUGUACCUCAAGUACCUCAUACAGAGGUCGAUGCUGUCGUUUUGGAGGCGAUGAAGGAGAAGAAAAAGAAGAAGAUGAAGACUGGAAUAGGUAAGAAGCAAAAGGAAAUGUCGAGUAUGGUGGCAAAAUGGCAGAGGGCCCAGAAGAACUAUAAAGAUUAAUUGAGCUUUAUUCCAUGCCCACGAUCGCGUUAAUUUUUGUAUAUAAAAAGUAAAGAACUGUAAUUUUACUAUUUUGUA